GCCUCAUGGCAACGUGGAGGAGAGGGUGAGGCAGAUGGGCCAGCUGGAGGAGAAGAACCAGGAACUGCUCAGGGCGCGCCAGAGGGAGAAGAUGAACGAGGAGCACAACAGGCGUCUGUCGGAGACGGUGGACAAGCUGCUGUCAGAGUCCAACGAGAGGCUACAGCUUCACCUCAAGGAGAGGAUGUCUGCCCUAGAGGACAAGAACGGCCUGAUCAGAGAUCUGGAGCACAGUAAGAAGCUGGUUGAGGAAACGCACCAUGAGAAGGAGCAGCUAUUGAUCCAGAUUGAGACGAUGCGGGCGGAGAACGAGCAAGGCAGGAACAGGAGCAACUCACUGCUGCACCAUGGGCGGUCUCACCAAGGCAGCACCCCAGACUUCCGGUACCCGGUGUCGGCCUCCUCCAUGAUGGACAGCCACUCGGACCACUACGGCAGCGCGCUGGUGCUGAGGCGGCCCCAGAAGGGGCGUCUCGCCGCGCUACGGGACGAACCCUCCAAGGUCCAGACUCUGAAUGAACAGGAGUGGGAGCGCGUGCAGCAGGCUAAUGUUCUGGCCAACGUUGCUCAGGCGUUUGAGUCUGACCUGGAGACGUCAGACCUGGAGGACGAUGAGCGCGAGACCAUCUUCAGCUCCGUGGACCUGCUGUCCCCUGCCGGCCAGGCUGACGCUCAGACCCUGGCCCUCAUGCUGCAGGAGCAGCUGGACGCCAUCAACAACGAGAUCAGGAUGAUUCAGGAGGAGAAGGAGAACACAGCCAUGCUGGCAGAGGAGAUGGAGAGCCGUGUGGGCAGCGGGGACAGCCUGGGGGCCAGCCGCUUCCGCUCCAUGAGCUCCAUCCCCCCCUCCUCCAUGGGGGGCUCGUCGCCCCCCGGCUCAGGCUCCUCCACACCGCGACGCAUCCCCAACCGCAGCCCCAACCGAGAGGUGGACCGCAUGGGAGUCAUGACCCUGCCUAGUGACCUGCGCAAGCACCGCAGGAAGUCUGCCCAGGACGACAAGACCACAAUCCAGUGUGAGACGUCUCCUCCCACCACCCCGCGCUCCAUGCGCCUGCACAAGGGGGCCAGCCACACUGCCAGCCAUGAGGACAUCAGGGACAUCCGCAGUAUGACCACCCUACAGGACGGCCAGGGUAGUAACCCCAGCAGCAGUAACAGCAGUCAGGACUCUCUGAACAAGGCAGCCAAGAAGAAGAGCAUCAAGUCCUCCAUCGGGCGCCUCUUCGGCAAGAAGGAGAAGGGACGGCCAGGCCCCCCAGGGAGCAAGGAGUCCCCUGGCAGCCAAGCUGGUACCCCCGAGGCAGAGACCUCUCCCCAGGAUGCACCGGGGCUGGGCAAACUAGGCGGCCCCGCUGAGAAGAACAGGAAACUGCAGAAGAAUCCAACGACAGGGCAUGAGUUGCUGGAGGAGGCUCGCAGGCAGAGUCUUCCCUUUGCCCAGUGGGACGGCCCUACUGUAGUGGUCUGGCUGGAGCUGUGGGUGGGUAUGCCAGCCUGGUACGUGGCGGCGUGUCGUGCCAAUGUGAAGAGUGGUGCCAUCAUGUCUGCUCUGUCGGACACAGAGAUCCAGAGGGAGAUUGGCAUCAGUAACCCCCUGCACCGCCUCAAACUGAGACUGGCCAUCCAGGAGAUCAUGUCUCUCACCUCCCCCUCUGCCCCCCCGACCUCCAGAACCUCCACGGGGAACGUGUGGGUCACGCACGAAGAGUUGGAGUGCCUUGCGGCCACGCCCUCCACGGAGGAUGACGAGGGCAGCUGGGCCCAGACGCUGGCGUAUGGAGACAUGAACCAUGAGUGGAUUGGUAACGAGUGGCUGCCCAGCCUGGGUCUGCCCCAGUACCGGUCCUACUUCAUGGAGUCUCUGGUAGACGCACGCAUGCUGGACCACCUCACCAAGAAGGACAUGAGGGGACAGCUUAAAAUGGUGGACAGUUUCCACAGGAACAGUUUCCAGUGUGGGGUGAUGUGUCUGAGGAGACUGAACUACGACAGGAAGGAGCUGGAGAGGAGGCGUGACGAGACCCAGCUGGAGCUGCAAGACGUGCUGGUGUGGAGCAACGAGCGUGUGAUCAGCUGGGUACAGGCCAUGGGGCUGAAGGAGUACAGUAACAACCUGCUGGAGAGCGGCGUGCACGGAGCCCUGCUGGCCCUGGAUGAAACCUUCGACCACAACGCUCUGGCCCUACUGCUGCAGAUCCCCAUGCAGAACACACAGGCGAGAGCAGCUCUGGAGAGUGAGUACAACAGUCUACUGGCCAUCGGUACAGAGAGGAGACUGGAUGAGGAGGACGAUAACAACUUCCGGCGCGCUCCCUCCUGGAGGAAGAAGUUCCGGCCCAAAGACGCACGGGGGAUGUCCCCGGGCUCAGCCGACACCCUGCCCGCCAACUUCAGACUGACCAAUAGCAACGCAGCGUCCCCCUCCACGCAGCCGAAAAGGAGCCACAUGGACGGGAGUCAGUCUGCAAUACAGAGGCUGGACACUGCCACAGUCAGGACAUACUCCUGCUAACACAACACAUUGAUCCUCAUUAUUUCUAUAGGUGACUGCUGGUUGGAGGAUGAGGGGUGAGUUACCCCCCCCAUCAGGAGCAGCUGCUGACCCUGCAAGGACAGAGUUUUAUUGUUAUCACAGCGAUAAAAGAAGUAGCAACCACAUCACCAAUCUCCGUACUAGAGGGCCCGUGUCCUAGAUGUAUCAAUCUUUAUUGUUCUAUUUAUGUUAGCAAGCUGGUGGGACAUGAUUUUAGAUUUGUUAUGUAUCUAUCUGUUACUUCACCCGUCUCUCCCGGCUAAAUGGAAAUGUCCCUAUUUUCUAAAAAACUGUUCCAACUGUGUCCUUAUCAAGGUUAACUCUCAGAUGUAACUGAAUGUUUUUAGAUGGUCUGGAGUUUGUAUAUUUUUUCAACAGACAUUAUCUAAUCAUUUUAUAUAUAUAUACAUAUAUAUAUAUAUAUAUAUAUUCUGAUCUUGUAUUGACCAGAUGUAUGUUUUUAUUUCUCUGUCCUCUGUUGUUUUUAAUCAUUGAACUGAUGAUCAAGUGACUUUAAUAAGUGACUUUCUAUCUGAAUUGGACCCCAUUUCCCUUCGACCCCAUUUCCCUUCAAUCCCAGCCUGUUAUCUUCAAGCGUAUCCAUGGUGAUUAUUUGUAAAUGCAGCUCUUAUAGGACAAUGAGAAUAUGUGAAUAUCAGAAAUAUUGCUGGAGUUCUGACUGACAUUGUUUCACCAACUGCUACAACGCUGUGGUCGCUAAGCACCGGGCGGACCGUAACCACAAGGCCCUAGGUAACUGUGACGACAGGUGACACGUGAAACAACUCUCUUUGUUUUUUUCCUGUGAAACCAAACCUGUAGAAAGACUGAAACAAAAGCCAUAAACAGUAGUGAAGACCAGGGCUGUUUUCAGAUGCAUCGCUUGGUAAGAGACCGUUCCACUGUGUAGGAUCUCCCAUUCUCCAGUCAACCUCGCAUGCCCAAACUCUCCAUUCCUCUUUUCCUCCUUCUCCUCAUCCCUCUCUUUUCCCUGCCUUCCCCCUGAGAGCGCUAACGGGAGGCCAGACGUGCGUGAAGAUCAACUCGUUGUACCUGAGCCGACAGCGUGGCGGCUCUACUAUCGACGGACCAAGUCCACUGUGGCCUAAACUGAUCCCAGCGACUAGCUUACUCACCCGAGGUGGAGCGAUCUACCCACAAACCUUUAACCAACUCUUUUUACUACGGACACUUCUAAUCCAGCCUAAUGGGGGGGUUUUCUUACCUUAUUUCUCUGGCUGUCUUAUUUAUUCGUCAUCUCCGUCGUGUUUGUUGCUUUCUCAGUUUCAUUUUUAGAAGUUGCCAUUUUUUAAAAGCUGUUUCUGAGUGUUUUAACACAGGUUGCCAUGGCAAUACUUUUUCAAGACAGAUAAUGUCACGGAAGCAAAGACUUCCUGUCCACAUUUAGUUAUGUUAUUCCCUUUGUGAUUUAGUCAUUUUAUAAUGCACAAUGCAAAUGCUGAUAUUAUUAUUUUAUUUUUUUUAAUCUUCAGUUUUCCCCCAUUUUAUUCUCCUGCUCUGGUAACAAUUAUGUACAGUCUGAGUACUUAACUAUUUUAUCACAGUAUUAUUUAUGGAUUUACUUUCAAUAAAAUACUGAAACUUAUUUUCCACUGCCAAUAAAAAGCUUAAGUCUU